CCGAGCAGCACCUUAAACCAAAAGCACCCAAAACCCCCAACGAGGACCAUGGAGAGCGCACGCAACUUGUCGGACGCGGAUUACCGGAGCCAGCUCCCCGUGCUCUUCGGCAACGGCAGUGUCUGCGGGAACUUCACCGACAGCUCCAACGGGACGAGCUUCGCUGAGCCGAGAUGCGACCCGGAUCGAGUGCUGACCGGCGGCCCGGAGGACGACACCAACCCGGUCAUCAUCGCCAUCGUGAUCACCGCGCUGUACUCCAUAGUGUGCGUGGUGGGGCUGGUUGGGAACGUGCUGGUCAUGUACAUCAUCGUCAGAUACACCAAAAUGAAGACCGCCACCAACAUCUACAUCUUCAACCUCGCUCUGGCCGACGCCUUGGUCACCAGUACGCUACCCUUCCAGAGCGUCAACUACCUGAUGGGCACCUGGCCGUUCGGAGACAUCCUGUGUAAGAUGGUGGUGUCUAUCGACUACUACAACAUGUUCACUUCGAUCUUCACGCUCACCACCAUGAGCAUCGACCGCUACGUCGCUGUGUGCCACCCAGUCAAAGCGCUGGACUUCAGGACGCCGCGCAACGCCAAGAUUGUCAACGUCUGCAACUGGAUUCUCUCAUCGGCCAUCGGGCUGCCUGUAAUGGUCAUGGCCUCCACCGCUCCCUCCAGCACUCUUGACUGCAAGCUAAUAUUCCCCCACCCCUCGUGGUACUGGGAAACCCUGCUGAAGAUCUGCGUGUUCAUCUUUGCCUUCAUCAUGCCCGUCCUCAUCAUCACCGUCUGCUACGGCCUCAUGAUCCUCCGGCUGAAGAGUGUGCGCAUGCUGUCGGGCUCCCAGGAGAAGGACAGGAACCUGCGUCGAAUCACCCGUAUGGUUCUGGUGGUGGUUGCAGUCUUCAUCGUAUGCUGGACGCCUAUCCACAUCUUAGUCAUCAUCACAGCUCUGAUCAAUAUCCCGAACUCCACGCUGCAGACUAUCACCUGGCACUUCUGCAUUGCCCUUGGAUACACUAACAGCAGUCUGAACCCAGUUCUUUAUGGCUACCUGGAUGAGAACUUCAAGCGUUGUUUCCGUGAGUUCUGCACGCCGAGUCCCUCAGUUUUGGAGAUGCAGAACUCGUCUCGGACCGGAGUCACUAGCCGCAAGCUCCCACAGCGCGAACACAACAGUGCCAACACGGGAGAUAGGUCCAAUCAACAGGUAUGACUAGCCUUGGAGGGGUCGUCGUUGGACUCUCGCUGUUGCAGCGGUGUUGCCAACGAUGAUCUCAACUCAGAGGUCACCCAAGUCACCACAGGGCUCUGACCACACAAAAAACAAAUGACACCUACGGACAAACAAUCCCGGACAUGACUGAGACUCGAUAGCGCAGAGCAUCUAAACGAUGGUUUGCAAGCUUAACUGCAGCGCUGCAUCAGUGUUACUGUUGCUCACUGCAUGGCUGUGCAACGCUUUAGCUCUGAAACAGAUACAGAAAUGGGACAAGACUCAAACAAUAAACCAAGCAUCAUUAGAAGACUCCCACUAAAUGAAGAGGCUGUUUCACUUAAAUGUGCAUAAACGCUAAUACAACUUUAGUUUUCAGUAUUACAAAGACUAUACAGUGCCGUAAACAAAGACAGAUGUAUAGACAUAUCUAUAAAAGUCACUCACAGAAGACACUUUUAUGAUGCUGUUUUGUUCUGAAUGCUCCCGAUAAAGCUGCCACAUUGAUCUAAGCCUCCUCACCUAUAAUUAUCUAGGUUAUAAAAAAAAGAAAUCAAUUUAUUGUCUUAUUUGCAGAGUUGAUAUGACUUGAUGUGACUUCCCUCCAACAUGUCACUUUUCCACCAGAAAUUUUCCUCUUGAAUGGUUUGCACGUGAGAGGACAGAGUAAAAUGUCAGGAAAUGGAUUUAUGGACGUUACUGGACGGUGAAUGAUCUAAUUAGAUUUUGAACCUGUGUUACCGAAUGCCCAAAGGCUCCGUGGCUCUCUCACCACAUAAAGACAUCACUGGACAUGAGGUGUUAUACAAAGUUAUUUACAGCACCCACUUUGCUUCUAGUCAGACCUCUGUAUGGAUUCCACCCUAUCAACACCGCACUCCAUAUAUAGAUCAGCACAGCACCAUGCUGGCUUUGGUCAUUUCGGAAAGACUGAUUGUGUCUGUGCUCUCUCUCCUCUCAAUCCACCUUGUCAUUUACUGCUUCUUCGCCUCUUCAUUCUUUCCUGUACUUACAUUUUGUCUCUGUCAAAAAAAGUACUAACCCUUUUACUGGAGGUAUCAUUAUGUAGACAAACAGUAGAGCACUGCGUGUCCUCUCUGCUGAAUUUGACAAACUUCUGAAUGUACAGACACAAAACCAGCUGUGUUUGUCACACUGGAUCCUUGUGCUGAACUGUGGAUCCUCUAAAACAGCAAAGACGACGCAUCAGCAUGUCUGCCCAGUUCACACAGCAUGCUAUUGUGGCAUAUAUGGCGAUGGUUCUACCAGUGUAUGAUUAACUACAGCUUACCAGCCAUUACACCAGGUAUGAAGACAUUUAUCCUCUGAAACAAGUGAGCCAAGCAGGAUUGUAAAUCUGUUGUAACCUUUAGAAUUGCUUGUGCUUACGUGUUGUGCUGUACGCUAUACUUGCCAGUUGCCUUUACAGAAGCUCUACUCGAUAUUCUGUGUACCAGUAUUUUUUUUUUUGUACGACGUGUAAAGAUGAACAUGAUUGUAUUAAUUUCCCAUGUAAAAUAGUGUAAGUGUUCUGUUUUUCUUUUUUUCGAUGAACAUGAAAUCAUGACUUUGCCAGCAAAUUAUUUUCUGAUGAUAACGGUGGACCAGUUAUUGUGCUUCAAAAUAUAACUUUUGUCACAUUGAAUCUGCCUUGUUAACUGAAGAGAUGUAUAUUAAUCAGAAUGCUGUGUGUAAAAUCUUCAAUUGUCAGGAAUUUAACUUCGACUGUUUCAUUAAUUCUUUUGUACAUACAAGCAUAUUUUUAUCCUUUUAAAUUUGGUAUCGCUGCUUUGUGUAAAUUUUGAAAAAGAAUCUACGGUAGACUUAUUAUUUUCAGUCUUUUAAGUUACCAGCUGCCACAACAGAAAAAUGUCUAUAAACAUGUGGCCAAAUUGUCUAAGAUUGAAAUAUUACCAAAGCAGCAGCUGAGUUUGGCUACUAUGUGGCAUCCAGUGUCACAUGCUUUAUUGUAAUUCACAUUUUUAAUCUGUGUAAUGCAUUUCAGAGCAAAAUUAAGAUGAAUUAAAUAACUGGCAAUGUGUGACUCAAUAGUAAAUAUGAUCACUUUACAGACAAACAAGUCCUGGGUUUGACGCUGACUCGGCCUGUCUGUGGUGUUUGCAUGUUUUCGCCAUGGUCAUGUUUUCUUUAUGUUAUGUUUUCGCCAUGGUCAUGUUUUCUCUGGUUUAGUCCCACAGUCCAAAGAAAUGCAGGUUAAGUGACAUGGAAACUCUAAAGUGCCCAAAGAGUAUGAAUGUGCAAUCCUUAGCACGUCUGGUUACUUAGUUUACUACAGUGACAACCAGUAUCCGGCUCGAGAUAGCAUUUCAUUUGCCAAACACAUUGAUCAGUCCUCAUCUUAAAGUCCGGGAAAUGUAAUAAAAACAUAAUAUAUAAUAUAGGUUCUGAGCAUAGAAAUGAAAUAUUUAUUGCAGCUUUAAUCUCAGUCUUUCAGCACGAUAUCAUGUUUGUAGCCAUGAAGUUCACAUUCAAAUCUCCAUUUACAAGAAUCUCGUUUUAAAACGUAUAAAAGCCAGCAGGAGAAAGUGUUUCCAACCAACUUGUAGAGCUAAAAAGUAGCUUAAUUAUCUAGCUAACUACAGCUGAUAACAUAUAAAAUAUGAGAAGUUGAAAUUGAGCACAAGCUUGACAGGCUUUGCAACAGUCAUUUUGUCAUUACUCAAUAAUGUUUUUCACUAUGUGAUGAAGAAAAAAACAUUUUCUGGAACAUGAAAUGACAAUUGGCAUUGAGACACAUUUUGCAGCAGGCAACACAUACAGAUACACUCUUGAAGGUACAUUUAAAUCAAAUGUGUGUAAUGAUGUCCAUGAUCUGUACACAUGCCACCAUUGAAUUUUCCUUUUUUUUCAUUUGCUUGCUGACUUGUGAUACAAUCAUGACUUGUAAAUGGCAUUUCUUGUAAUCUAAAGACAAUAAUUUCUACUUUAAAGACAACACAAUGCAUAUAAAAAUGUUACUGUUAAUCAUUGUCUAUGGAUUAAAAUAUACUUCUGAAUCUCACUGAAUGCCUUUUUUCCUUGCAUCUGAAUAAAGU